AUGGCCGAUUUUGUAGGUAAGAAACCUUAUGCUUUUCGCGCACAGUGCAUUUUUAUUUUAUUUCUUCUCUAACGCACCGUGCAUCCUGCUGUUUUUUGCACAGUGCAAAUCACUUUUUUUAGCUUGCACAGUGCGAAAACAGCGAAAUGCACGGUUCGUGCGCGACAGAAAGCGAAAGUUCGAAAUGAAAAAAUGGACCUGAGCAUUUGUCCGCGGUCCGCACCGUGCACAAAAAUUCGCAAGUUUUUGCACUGUGCGCUCACCUUUUUUUUUGGUUUUGCACUGUGCAUUUGAAAUAUCGCUGCGACGUAAGCUUUUCUCAACUGCGCCGCUGCGGUUUUGCUCAAAAAUGUGCACAGUGCAACCGGCUUUUUUGUUCGCAAAAGAUCCACAGUGCAUUGGCGACAAAAGUUCAAGAUGCACCGUGCGAAAGCGAAAAAAUGCCUAUUUUUUGCCGUUUCGCACGGUGCAAACUUGAAAAAGCGGUUUGCACUGUGCGAAAAGUUCAGCAAAACCGCGGCGGCGCAGUUCAAAAAAGCUUACGUCGCCACGAUAUUUUCAUGCACUGUGCAAAGUGAAAAUGCAAAGACUUUUUCUUGCGCACCGUGCAUUUGACAUUUUGCACCGUGCACAUUGCGCGACAAAAAGGAUUUCCAUCAAUGUCGCUGCGAUGAAGCGAUUUUGCGAGCUGAGUGAAAAUGCACAGUGCAAAAUGUUCGAAAAGUCCGCACCGUGCGAAAAAAGGCUCUCAUUUUCCAGAUCAAGCGCUCUUUAUCCUCACCGAAGUCGCGAAUAUUUUGCUGUUCGUCGGCCGAAUCCUGGUUUUGACCGUGAUUGGAAGUGUCAAGGCGCUCUUGCCGGUCGGUGUGUUGCCAAGAAAGUCGGUGCGGGACAAGAAUGUCUUGAUCACCGGCGCGGGCAGUGGAAUGGGCCGGGAGUUGGCAGUUCGGGUAAGGUUUUAGUCUGUCGGGAAAAUAAUGAGCACUCUGUCGCAUCCAAAAUCGCGUCGCCGCCGAAAAAAUUGAGAAAAUGAAUUGUGUCGCAGAGCAAAUCAAAUUCUUUUCAUUUCGCUUCAGCGCUGCGAUAGUCCUCAUUAUUUUCCCGACAGACUAUAAAUCCGAUGGUCACAGAAAAAAAGCAAAAAAUGGGGCUACUUUUUAAGCCUAACAAAUUCAAAAAAUUGCAUUUUUGCGUUACUCUCUGUAUGAUAAAAUUGUAAAAUUCGGAACUGUGACGAUUGGGGAAACCGAAGUGUUAUUUUUGUUCUUCAAGUGCCGAAAUUAGGAUAAUCGAGGUUGCCGAUUUUGAAAAUGACAUUCAUUUUUUUGAUCUUUACUUUUUUCCUUACGUAGUACUGUGAAGUAGUAAUUUUUGAAAUUUUUUCAUAUAUACUCGAUUUGGGGGGGUUCGAGCUUGCUGAUGUCGAAAAUCAUAUUCAUUUUUUCUGAUUUGAAAGCACCAUGGAAAACCUCCAAAUCGAGUAUUUUUGAAAAAAAUUCAAAAAAUUACUAUGUUACAGUACUACGUAAGGAAAAAGUUACUUUCAAAAAAACGAAUUUCAUUUUCGAAAUCAGCACCUUCGAUUAUCCUAAUUUCGACACUUGCAUCGAAGAAAAAUAAUAUUUAGUUUUCGGUUUCCCCAAUUGUUCUUGUUCCGGAUUCUAUAAUACAAUUUUAUUUUACAGAGUAAUGCAAAACAUGCAAUUUUUUGAAUUUGUUAGGCUUAAAAAUUAGUCCCUUUUUUUGCUUUUUUCUGCAACCAUCGGAUUUAUUGUCUGCGGGAAAAUAAUGAGGACUGUCGUAGCGCCGAUCGCAUCGCUGAAAAUAAAAGAAUUUGAUUUUCAGCGACAAUUCAGAUUUUUCAGAACAAUUCAGUUUCUCGGCGGCGAUGCGAUUUUCGCUGCGGCAGAGUGCUCAUUAUUUUCCCGACAGACUAAUAUUUCCAACCUUCAGUUCGGCAACCUUGGAGCCCGAAUUGUUUUAUGGGACGUAAACGCCUCCGGAAAUGCGGAGACAAAAAAAAUUUUGGAGAAAAAUGGCGUCAAAGCCUUCGAUUACACGGUGAACUUGUGCAACGUCGACGAAAUCAACGAAACCGCGAAGAAAGUGCUGAACGAGGUUGGCGACGUCGACAUUGUCAUUAACUGCGCCGGAAUCGUGACGGGAAAACGGUUCCUGGACUGUCCGGACGCUGCGAUCAAGCGAACAAUUGAUGUGAAUACGAAUGCGGUCAUGUUUGUAGGUUCAUUGCAAGCAGUAUUUUAUAUUAGCAGUUAUUUUCAUAAAGUGCAUCGACAUUUUUUCAUUUUUGGCGCAAAAAAAUGGCACAGCGCAUUUUGAACUUUUUCCCACGCUUGUCGCUAAUGCACAGUGCAGUUUGAACUCUUUCCCACGCUUGUCGCCAACGCACAGUGCAUUUUGAACUCUUUCCCACGCUUGUCGCUAACGCACAGUGCAUUUUGGACUCUUUCCCACGCUUGUCGCCAACGCACAGUGCAUUUUGAACUUUUUCCCGCCCUUUUCGCUAACGCACAGUGCAUUUCCCCCUUUUCGCACCGUGCAAACCUCAAAAAAGCCGUUUGCGCUGUGCAAAUUCCCGGCGCCGACACGCGACAUCGUUGAAACUUGCUCAUGUCGCAGCGAUUUUUCAAAUGCACAGUGCGAAAACAAACAUUUGAAAUGCACGGUGCAAAAUGCGCGGGUUUUUGUGCACAGUGCAAAUGGGUUUUCCGAAUCGGUUUUUCGCACUGUGCGUUGAAAUAUCGCUGCGCCAAAGCAAUGUUUCAACCACGUCGCAGGGAUUUGCACAGUGCAAACGACUGUGUUGAGGUUUGCACGGUGCGAAAAGAAAAAAAAACGCACUGUGCAUUGGCGACAAGGACGGGAAAGAGAGUGCAAAAUGCACUGGGCGAGAGCGAAAAAAUGUCCAUGCACUUUAUGAAAAUACUAGUAUCAGUAUGUCGGGAAAAUAGUGAGCACUUCGUCGCUGCGCCAAUCGUGUCGCUGAAAAGUUUGGUUUUCUCCGCGGCACAAUUCAUAUUCACCUCAGCGAUGCGAUUUUCAAUGCGACAGAGUGCUCGUUAUUUUCCCGACAAACUGAUAGUAUAACACAUAUCUUAUCUUCAGGUUACCAAAGCAUUCCUUCCACGCAUGCUGUCCAGAAACGUGGGCCACAUUGUGACGUUGGCCUCGAUUGCUGGCCAUCUCGGCGUCGUUGGGCUGGUCGACUACUGCGCCAGUAAAUACGGCGCGGUCGGGUUUAUGGAGGCGUUGCAUCGGGAGUUGUACGCACUCAGAGCGGAUGUGAAAACGACGACGAUUGGCCCGUAUUUUGUGAACACGGGCAUGUUCGAUGGAGUCAGGGAGUCAAAGUAAACUUUUUUACUACGCUUUUUCCGUUUUUUACUACGUUUUUUCCAUUCUUUACUACGCUUUUUCCAAAAGAUAUUCAGUCGCGGCGCACAGUCCACAUUUUGCCUUUUUUCGCACGGUGCGGGCUUUUCGCACUUUUUGCACUGUGCAUUUUCAUUCGCGACAGCGCUGAAAAGGGCCUUUGUCGCGCGAUUUUUCGGUGGCACCGUGCAAAAUCCAAAAUGCACGGUGCAAAAUGCGGAGUUUUUGCAUGAUGCGGCAUCGCGAUAAAAUGGUCCGCACUUUCGAAAAUAGCUUGUUUCCUGGAUAAUCCUCGAGCGACAAGCCAUAAAAAAAGUUUUUUCGAGGUGCUUUGCGACACAAAAAAGUUUGUUGUUGUUAUCAGAAAUGAAGCAACGACCAAGGAUUGAUAAAAACUUUGUUUUGAGUUUCGGGAUGGCCGUAAUACUACUAGUCCGUUCGUAAAGUCGCUGGAAUGAUUUCGGCGACGCGCACUGUGCACGAAAACUCAGGGUGCGGGCGACAGCCCAAAAAAGCCUAUUGCACUGUGCAAAAAGCCAAAAAUUGCACAGUGCAAACUGAACUUUCGGUUUCGCGGGGUAAAUGUCGCCGAAAACAUUCCAGCGACUUUACGAACGGACUAGUAGCAGGGGCGUAGCUGAUUAAAAAUUCUGGUGGCCCGAUUUGUGAAGAAAACAUUUCUACCAAACAUUUUGCGUCUAUGAAAUAUCAAAAAAUGUGGUAAAAUGCCUCCAUCUCCAAGUGAAAAAAACUCCGAUUUCAAAAGCGCGUCCGUUUGUGAGGAAAAGGGCGUCCUUCAAAACGCAGUUUUUUUAGUUGGAGAGGGAGGCAUUUUGCCACAUUUUUUGCCACUUCCCGGCAAAAUGGUACAUUUUUUUUUGCCACGACGCCCCUUAAUGCAAAAAUUAGUGUGGGGCCAUCUCGGGCUAAAAAUUAUUCAUUUUCUCAUCAGCGAUGCGAUUUUCGACGCGACAUAGUUCUCAUUAUUUUCCCGGCAGACUGGAAGUAUCACUGAAUUCCCCUGUCAAACAAGCGUUUGCUAAUUUAUCAUUUUCAGAAUCCCCUUUCUACUGCCGUUCCUCGAAACCGACUAUGUCGUUGACCGCAUCGUUGACGCCACUUUGACUGACACUGUGACAGUUUUAAUCCCAAAAAUUUUGUAUUUCAUAAAAGCUCUGGGCGCCAUCUUUCCGCAGUCCGUUACUGAUUACAUUAUGGACGAACUGGAUGUUGACAAAUUUAUGGACACCUUCAAAGGCAGGAAUUAA